AUGACUGAUAUUGAGGCAGAUGUUGAUUCUAUUAUUGAUAGACUACUAGAUGUUCGAGGUUCAAGACCGGGUAAACAGGUUCAACUAUUAGAGCACGAAAUCAAAUAUCUAUGUACAAAGGCACGUGAGAUAUUUAUCCAACAGCCAAUUUUACUAGAAUUGGAGGCGCCAAUCAAGAUUUGUGGCGAUAUCCAUGGACAAUAUUAUGAUUUAUUGAGGCUCUUUGAAUAUGGAGCCUUUCCACCAGAGGCGAAUUAUUUGUUUUUGGGUGACUAUGUCGAUAGGGGUAAGCAAUCGUUAGAGACUAUAUGUUUGUUAUUAGCAUAUAAGAUCAAAUAUCCAGAGAAUUUUUUCAUUUUAAGGGGUAAUCAUGAAUGUGCAUCAAUCAACAGAAUUUAUGGGUUUUACGAUGAGUGUAAGAGACGUUAUAACAUCAAGUUAUGGAAAACUUUUACAGACUGUUUCAACUGUUUACCGAUUGCAGCAAUUAUUGACGAAAAGAUCUUUACAAUGCAUGGGGGUUUGAGUCCAGAUUUAAACACAAUGGAGCAAAUCAGGAGAAUCAUGAGACCUACGGAUAUACCAGAUGUUGGGUUAUUAUGCGAUUUGUUAUGGAGUGAUCCAGAUAAGGAUAUAAUGGGAUGGUCGGAGAAUGAUAGAGGUGUGUCAUUUACGUUUGGUCCAGAUGUUGUGUCUAGAUUUUUGCAAAAGCACGAUAUGGAUUUGAUUUGUAGGGCCCACCAAGUUGUUGAAGAUGGUUAUGAGUUUUUCAGCAAACGUCAAUUGGUUACGAUUUUUAGUGCUCCAAAUUACUGUGGAGAGUUUGACAAUGCCGGUGCAAUGAUGAGUGUUGAUGAGAGUUUAUUGUGUUCGUUCCAAAUUUUGAAGCCGGCAGAGAAGAAGAAAUAUCCAAUAAAGAAGAAGGGGGGUAGAAUAUACUAA